AAAAUAAUUUUUAUCUUACUAAGGUCGUUUAUAAUAUAGCCCAUAAUACACAGUAAUAUAAAUUUUCAUCUAUCUAUUAGCGUUACAUUGUCACGCAUUCAAUUGUUCUAAAUAAUUUCAUUAGAAAUGUCUCGAGUUUUAUCUCAAUUGAAAAAAUUUAACAAUGUUUGCAAAAUUACAGCACGGUCUAGUUCUGAUCACCACCCUUCUUAUAGACCAUUAACUAUGGAUGAUAUGCCUGUUCCUAAAGGAUCCUGGCAAGAACACUACAACAAAACUAAUUCGAAGUAUAAUGCAGUUCUUAUAGGCGGUGUAAUUUCUUUAAUAACAUCAAUAUAUAUAUUGCAAGAUAAUGUUUUUUUCAAUGCUUUUCCACCUCCGUUACCAACAGAAGAUGAACAAAACUAAAUAGUGAUUGAUUUAGAAUGAACAUUUUUUUUGUAGCCUACAAAAAUUACCAUACCUUAAUAUGUUCUCAAUUUCUUAAAAAUAAUUUGCAAUUGUCAUUUAAUAUAAAUGAUAAAAAUGAUUUUAGUAUUUAUAUUUUAGAGUAACCUGCAUGAAUUUUUUAUUAUUAAAAAGUUUAUUUGUAUAGUAAACAUACAUUCAACUAAAAUUCUUACUCUAUAAUAAUAUAAUAAAAAUCAAUAAAACAAUUCUGAAUAUGUUGAGAAA